AUGCCCCCCUCACGGUCAAAAAAGCCUGCCGAUGGCAGCGCAACAUCGAAAAAGGAUGCGCGAACAAUUCUCCAAGAAAGUGAAGAGAGCGGUAGUAACAAUGAGGAUGUAAACAUGAUGGAUAAGGAUUCCGAUGAGGAGGAGUUAGACAGACUUGUUUUAGGAGAUGGGGCAGGAUUUACAGCGCAAUUGGGCCAAGACAUGGAAUUUGAUUCAGAUGAAAACUCAGAAGGAGAAAAGAGUGAAGAUGAGGAAAAAGAGGAUGUCGGGAUUGAGGGUGUUGACGAUGCAGAUCUAUUUUUCCUAGACUCUGGACCGUCUGUUGUGCCCCAAGAUGCAUUAAUACCGCGAUCAAAUUCCGAAGAUGAAGAGGGAGGAGAUGCGCUGGCUUGGGAGGAUAGUGACGAUGACCGAUUGACUGUAUCUCUUGCUGGAAAUCCUCGAUUAAGGAAACUUAGAGUCAAUGAAGGGGAGGAUAUGGUUAGUGGAAGAGAAUACACAAGGCGACUACGAAUGCAAUUUGAGCGCCUCAACCCUGUUCCAGAAUGGGCUCAAUCAUCUAGGCCAACGAAACGACGUCGCAGGUCAUCCGCAGGCUCUGAUUCUUCAUUAUCAUCGAAUGAUAUGGACGUUGAUGAUUCUGACCUUUCAACGUUACCUCUCGCAAGACUUCUACAAGAUGCUGGUGCUCUCACAAAAGAAACUCCGGCGACCUCAAAACGACCAAAACUCAGACCUGAAGUCCUGGACAUUCAAAGAACCCGGGAUAUACCAAAAACCCAACCAUCAGCCGUUACUUCCCUUUCCUUCCAUCCCGAAUACCCAGUCAUACUUUCUUCAGGCCCAGCAUCUACUUUAUAUUUACAUCAUUAUGCGCCUACAGCUCACCCUCAUCCUCAUCCGCAACUUACCAGCGUUCACGUCAGAAAAACACCAAUUGCUACAUCAGCAUUCCUUCAUCCUUCCGGAGAUAAAAUCAUUUUCGCUGGUCGACGUCGUUACUUUCACAUUUGGGAUCUUCCUUCGGGAGAAAUUAAUAAGGUUACGCGUAUUUAUGGUCACAAGGAUGAGCAAAAGACAAUGGAAAAAUUUAAGCUCAGCCCUUGUGGCCGAUAUAUAGGCCUGAUUGGUUCAUCAAAAAAAGGAGGCGGUGUUAUAAAUAUUCUUGAUGCAACCACAACACAAUGGAUAGCAUCAGCACGAAUUGAAGGCAAGGAUGGAGUUGCCGAUUUUGCAUGGUGGAAAAAUGGAGAAGGAUUGACAGUUGUAGGAAAGGGCGGUGAGGUAGGCGAAUGGAAUAUGGAAUCAGGAUCUUUCGUUGCUCGUUGGAAUGAUGAUGGUUCCAUUGGUGCUACCAUUCUUACACUCGGCGGGUCCAAUGGGCCUAAACAACUCGGUGGGGAUCGUUGGGUAGUGAUCGGAUCUCAAAGUGGUGUGGUCAAUAUUUACGACCGUAAGAAUUUUGUCACUGGAAAUGAUAUAAAAAUUCCAGAGAGACCUGAGCCAAAUAGACGACUUUUGCAAUUGACCACACCCACAAGUCAUUUGCAAAUUAGUCCUGAUGGACAAUUGUUGGUUUUUAGCAGUAGGUGGAAGAAAGAUGCCUUGAGAUUGGUACAUCUGCCUAGUUGUACAGUGUAUAAGAAUUGGCCAACAUCAAACACACCAUUAGGAAGAAUUUCAUCUGUGGCAUUUGGUAGUGGCAGCGAUGUUCUGGCGGUUGGUAAUGAAGCUGGAAAGAUCAGGCUGUGGGAAAUUAGGAGUUAG